AGUUGCCAAAAGACAGCUUCAAGUAAACUUUGAGAAUCUGCAACUUGUUUUCUUGCAGGAUAUACUUCCAUUAUUUUUUUCCUGUGUAACCAUCAGUUUCAAUUCACUCUUCUUUCAACAUUCAGAAUCAACCAAAACACUGCAACUUUCUACAGUGUUACCAAGAAGAGAUGACAAAGCUAGAAACUUCUUCACUAUCCUCAAAGCUGAGAAUUAACAGAGAUUCACGUGCAAUAUCAAAGUUGAAGUCAGAGAUUAGGAUAGUUCAUGUGUUUGCUCCUGAAAUAAUUGAAAUUGAUGCUGCUAAUUUCAGAGAGUUAGUUCAAAGACUCACAGGAAAGCCAGAAGAAGGGAGCGGUGGAAGCAAGUCCAAAACCGCACCAACCGAAGAUGCUAUGGAUUCAGACCCGAAGGAGGCUUUGAUCAUUCAAGAUGAAGAGGAGUUUCUGAGUCUGCAAAAUGGGGUAAGGGUGAAAGAUGAACAUGAAGAGGAAGAAGGUCAAGAUGGUCUAUGGAGAUCAAAGUUCAGUGGUUUCGUUGAUGGGUUCUCAGAAUUUGAUUCUUUGAUGAAAGAGUUAAGCACUGCGCCUGAAGUGAAGCAAAGUUAGAGACAGGUUUUAAUGUGUUGUCGUUUGUGUAUCUUGUUGAUUUGUGAAUACUUAUCAUGAAAAUGAAUCGCUGAUGAACUGAUGUUUCAUAAUUGUAGAUUGAGUAUUGACAAUUUACCUUGUUUCUGAUAUUUUGAUCUAGUGUAUGUGUGUUGAUGUAUUGAUUUUAUUUAGUUCUA